CAGGGGCAGCAGUUCUGCUGUGGUUUGAGUCGCUGCUUCAUUUGACUGUAAAACAAGAAUGAAUGAAAACAACAUGGCGGCCUCCAUAGAACACGCUGAAUCCACGUCCAAAGAGACAGAACCUCCAGAAACAGACCCAACAGAACCUCCAGAAACAGACCCAACAGAACCUCCAGAAACAGACCCAACAGAACCUCCAGUACCAACUCAACGUACAGAGAAGUCUGAUUCUGAGUCGGAAGAACCGGACCCAUAUGAUGAUGAUGAGGAGGAGGAAGAUGGCGAGCCGYCCGGACCGAAGACCCGUGAAACCCCGCAGGACAUCCGGCUGGAGGCGGCCGCCAACACCGUGGCUCUGCACCCCAGCAGGGACGUGCUGGUCUGCGGGGACGUGGACGGGGACGUGUACGCCUUCAGCUACUCGUGCACGGAGGGGGAGAACCGGGAGCUGUGGUCCUCCGGACACCACCUGAAGUCCUGCCGCCAGGUGCGCUUUUCUGAGGACGGGCUGCAGCUGUACACCGUGUCCCGGGACAAGGCCGUCCACCUGAUGGACGUGGAGCGGGGACAGCUGGUCUCACGGAUCCGAGGGGCCCACACGGCCCCCAUCAACAGCCUGCUGCUGGUGGACCAGAACAUCCUGGCCACUGGAGACGACAGGGGCACCCUGAAGGUUUGGGACAUGAGGAAAGGAACGGCCAUUAUGGAUCUGAAGCACCAUGAGGAUUACAUCAGUGAUAUAACUGUGGACCAGGCCAAGAGGAUCCUCCUGACAGCCAGUGGCGACGGCACCAUGGGCGUCUUCAACAUCAAGCGGCGGCGCUUYGAGCUCCUGUCCGAGGCCCAGAGCGGAGACCUGACCUCGGUGGCGCUGAUGAAGCGGGGGAAGAAGGUGGUCUGYGGCUCCAGCGAGGGGACCGUCUACAUCUUCAACUGGAACGGCUUCGGGGCCACCAGYGACCGCUUCGCCCUCAAGGCUGAGUCGGUGGACUGCAUCGUCCCCGUYACCGACAACAUCAUGUGCACCGCCUCCAUGGACGGGUACAUCCG